GCAGAGUUAGCUGAUGAGCCAUCAUCUGAGGAGAGCUCUGGAGAGUACUUUCAGAGCACUGAGGGACCGAGGUGGACCUCUUCAGUGAGGGUGGAGAUGGUCAAAAAAGGCCUGUAUGAAAAGCACUCAAUUUGCCACCCCCUUCUUAAGGGAUUUAAUGAGUACCUACAUGCAGACUUGGGGAACAAGAACAGCAAACAAGAGGUGGAUGCCGUGUCCAGGUUCAUGUACUACGUGGACCCCAGCGAGCCCAACCUAAGGUUUGUACGGGAGGUGGAGAAAGUACGAGAGUACUUCAAUGUUUUAACAAACACCAAGCUCUCAAAACAGACCGUGCUGAACUACUGGAAGAGUCUCAAGAGGUUCAUGAAAUACAUCAUCACAUCUACGGGCAUGCGCUUUAAAGAUCCCGUUCUUUAUGAGGAUUGUAAGAGCUUCAUGGAUCCUCUGGAUGGCAUACACUCUGGUAUGUCCAAAAAAGUCAACAAGGAGGUCACACAAAAAAGGCUCCUCGGUUAUGGGAAAGACCUCCUGCCAAGUGACUGCCUGGUAGUUUUGGAUGCCGCCUUUAAAGAUUUCCUGGCGGUCAUGGUAAAACUGCAGGGUCCAGGAGCAGUCACAGGGGACAGCCUUACAAAAAAUGAACGUUUGCUCGUCCUCUACUACCUUGAGGCCAUAAUUAUGCUGAAGCUACUUCAGCGGCCCGGAGUCGUCACAAACAUGACCGUUGAGGAAUGGCUGGGUAGAAGCCGCAGAGAGAACGGAGUUUCUGUUGCGGUGAAGGAGCAUAAAACGGCUACAUCACAAGUUGCAGAAGUACCUUUGUCGGACGAGCAAGAACUUGUGAGUUUAUAUUCAAAAUUACACCAUAACAGCAAAUUAAACAUGGUGUGGGAAAGUCAUACAAGACAACAGGGCCAUGAUUUUAUUUUUGUUGUUU